AUGGGUAAUAAACCCUCUCGUUUAAGAGGAUUUAUAAAAAAGUUAAUGAAUAAGUCAAAUAAUUCACCUAUUGCGUCUACAUCCGAAGAAAGUACCACGAAUAAUGAUGAUGUUUCGAAUCGAAUAAAAUAUAAUGUACCUACUACACAUGAUGGCUCGACUCAUUCUCGGAGUCCCCACGGUAUCUUAAAAUAUCUGUGGCAAAGUAAUUUUUCUGCACCCGUUGAGGAUAUUUUAUUAUCUUCUGGAGCAAUUCUAGAUGCUGGAUGUGGAUUCGGUGCAUGGUUAGAAGACAUGUCUGCGGAAUACCACAAACCAGACUUUGUGGGUGUAGGAUUAUUUCCACAACACUUCCCUACUCAAAUAUCGAAAAAUAUUAAAUUCGUACAGGCCGACAUAUUAUGUCUUCCGUUUGAAGAUAAUCUCUUCGAUUUCGUUCGUUUAAGCUAUUUUGCGACAACUUUCGCUCAUCAUGAAUGGGAUGUUGCAAUAAAAGAAUUAAUUCGCGUCACUAUACCCGGUGGUUGGAUUGAAUUCGUUGAACCUGAUUUGGUUCCGAAGGACACGGGACCUAUUGGUACCAGGCUCUUGGAGGCUUUGGAUAAUUUAAAUAUAACGGACAUAUUGGAAUUAAAAUUGAAUGCAACAAAACAGUUGACAGAUAUCCAACAUGAUUCAAGGUCAUUAACGAUAGGAAAGUUGGGCGGGGAAGCGGGAAUAUCCCAUGGAAAGAAUAUUAGAGAAUACUUUGAAGAAAAUUCUCAACGAUUUUAUAUGCAUAUGGGGAUCUCUUCCGAAGAAUAUUCCAAAUUAUUAGAUGAUUUCUUUGAAGAAUUACAAACUCGUGAAGCUAAAUUGAGAUUUUUUCGAUUUUGGGCUCGAAAGAUUUAA